CUUUACUUGUGUCUGAAAAGAAACUCAUCACACUCCAUAGAAAGUCAAGAACAAAGCCAUCAUGUUUUGGACAAGAUACGCUGAAGCAAGCAUUUUCUUGUUGUUAAUGAUUCUUCAUGUCGGACAACUGUAUUCAAGAAACGAUGUGUCUAAGUAUGGAUGUGAAGAGUGCAAACUCAAGAUGAACGAACGUUUCUCCAAACCUGGGGCUCCAGUCUAUCAGUGCGUGGGCUGCUGCUUUUCGAGAGCUUACCCCACACCCCUGAGGUCCAAGAAAACCAUGCUUGUCCCAAAAAACAUCACAUCAGAAGCCACUUGCUGUGUAGCAAAAGAAUCUAAAAUGGUUGCCACUAAUAUCCCACUAUACAACCACACAGACUGCCACUGCAGCACCUGUUACUAUCAUAAGUCUUAAAAACACACACUCUUCAAAAUCCUUAUGCUUAUUUCCUGUUCCUAAAUCAGUGACUCAUAAAAUAUGUGAUUUUUUUAUGUAGCUGUUCAUAUUUCAACUGUGGCCAUUUCCAAUUCGCUUCUAAAAUGGUCAGCAUAAUUAAUGUAAACUGCAUAUUCUGUCACUUUCAUAGACCUUAAAGGGAUAGUUCACCUAAAAAUGAAGAUUACUCAAACUCAAGUGGCUCAAACUGGGUCCUGGAGGUCUGGUGUGCAGAUUUUAGCUUCAACUUGCCCCAACACACCUGCAAGGAUGUUUCUAGAAAGCCUAGUAAGAGCUUGAUUAGCUAGCCUAGGUGUGCCUGAUUGGGGUUGGAAAUAAACUUUGUAGGACACCGGCCCUCCAGGACUGAGUUUGGACACCCCUGCUCUAAACCUUUAUGAGUUUCUUUCUUCUUGUUGAACGAACAAUUUUGAAGAAAGAUGGAAACACCACUGACAUUAAAGUCAGUGGUUUCCAGCUUUCUUAAAAGAGGAAAGAAAGUUGAACAGAUUUGGAUGGAACAAGUAGAGGGUGAGUGAAUAAUGACAGAAUUGUCAACUUGGUUGAACUAGGCCUAUCCCUUUAAGAGCGUAAUAUGCCAUCUUUUACAACCAUUCCCAUUGCUUAUUUAUUUGGUUGCCUUUACUGUGAUAUUCUUCAAGUCCAAAAAUUAAAUAAAAGAUUGCUUAUGACAUGCUUCGUUU